AUGAAAACAAAACGUGCCACCUUAACCGCUCUCUACCUUCUCUCUGGAACAUCCCAUGCAUCCUGGUCCCCACCACCCGACUAUGCACUCUACACCUCAGAUAAUGGACACUUCUUCCAGCUCUCCAAUGGUUCGCCAUUCUUCUGGCAAGCCGACACAGCAUGGACUCUCAUGGCGCGACUCAACUACACCGAAACCGAAACAUACCUGGCAGACCGUGCCUCGAAAGGUUUCAAUGUCGUAGAAGCAAUCGGACCCUCAUUUUCCGGUCUAGAUGGUGCAAACAGACAGGGCGAUCUAGCAUUCAUCAACAUGGACGUUCACCAGCCCAACGAGGCAUACUGGAAUCACGUGGACUCUGUGGUCGAAUUGGCAUGGAAGAGGCACGGGAUCCGGAUAGCCCUAUUUCCCGCGUGGGGAAACUACGUGCACAACAGCGAGAACAUCGCAGGGCCUUUGAACACAAGCAAUGCGGGCAUUCUGGGCGAGUUUAUAGGGAAAAGAUACCCAUAUCUCCCUAAGAUUCUGUUCGGGGAUAUCAAUCCGACAUGGCAGAACAAAACGCAGGUUAAGGAAGAAUACGCAGCCGGUGGCGUUCCAUCAAAGUAUGAGACCGUCGACUGGCUACCUGUAUACAAUGCCCUAGCAGAAGGGAUCAUUCGAGGCGAAAGGGCUGCUGUACGGAAUAGCACCGCCAGUGCGAAAUAUACGCCCUUGAUUAGCCUCCAUAACCAGAACCAAUGGUUCGACGGUGCGCCUUUAGCGUUGGCAAGCUCGGAAGCCGGGCAUCGUGACUGGUUGACCUUCGAUAUCGCGCAGUCCGGCCAUAGUGACUAUCCUCCCAACCCACCGAUCCAUUGGUGGAAUUGCAGACGCGGCUACGAGACCGUCGAAUUAAUGUAUGCUGUUGGGGAGAGAUGGCCUGGUAAGAAGCGGCCUGCGCUAGACAAUGAACCACAUUACGAGGGACGUUAUAACAAUGCGCGUGGCUGGUUGCCGUCCUGGAAUGCAAGUGAUGUGCGAGUGGGUACAUGGCAGACUGUCUUUUCCGGCGCUGCAGGGGCUGUGUACGGGGCAGACAUGGUCUGGCAGAUGUACAAUCCGGCAUUUUACGAGUCCAAUGGUGGUGGACCUGCGUUGCCCUGGUAUGAAGCCAUCAAGCUCCCGGGCUCAAAACAGAUUCAAUUCGUAAAGAAGGCCAUUCUGGAUCGUGGAAACAGCAGCUUUCUUGAUAGGGUUCCAGCUUCUGAAAUCAUUGUCGGCAACGCAGGUACGUCAAAAUUCCCUCUCAAACGACAGGCAAAGUUGCAGGUUGGCUUAUUCGAAAUCCAAGGUGUGAAUGACAAGAAAAUCAAAGCUCUUCGGGACUCAAAAGGGUCCUGGAUCAUGGUCUACACUCCAACGGGGAAACAAUUCUCUAUUGAUACUAAGGACAUCGAGGGCUGCGACGUGAAGGCGAGAUGGUAUGAUCCACUAUCUGGCGACUAUACUUCGAUAAAAUAUGCGCAGUGCGAGAGCAACUCAACAAUCAAGGAGUUUGCGCCACCGAAGACGGACGAUCAUGACGACUGGACACUUGUCUUAGAAAAGGACGACUGA